AUGGAAGGCCCAUUUUGUCACUGUGGAGAUCCAGCAAGUCUGAAGACGAGUUGGACGGAUGCGAAUCCGGGUAGGAGGUUCUUUGGGUGCGGCAAGUUUGGGAGAGGCGGAACAUUGAAUUACUUUAGAUGGCAUGGCCCAGUUCUUGAUGACCACGUGAAAUAUUUGGUGCUCAACCUCCAUCGCCGCAUUCGUGAGCUAGAGAAGAGGCAGCAGGAGAGGGAGUCCAAUUUUCUGACUAAAAAAGUGUACAUCUUCGUCUUUGUUGAUAUUCUUUGUUCAUUCCUUUGGAAUGCAAAUUAA